CAAAACUGGUCAUUGACUCAUUCCCUGAAGGACAAUUUAAAGUAUUUUCCCAUCGAUCUUCGUCAAAGCACAGUAAAAGCAACAAGAAUGAGUGAUUGAAGACAGAUGAAAUGAUGUUUCUUGAAUCAGCUCAUAUCAGAAUAAACCUGCAUCACGGGAUGCUGAUCGUUGCUUUGACUGUAUUUGUCAAGGACCUAGGUGGCAUAGGAGGGGGAGUGCAGGCAUGGACCUACCACUACAGCCCCAGGAUGAAAUGGGAAGAUGGACACAUCUGGUGCAAAAAGCACUUUACAGGAUUGGUGGUCAUCCACAACGAGGAGGAAACUGCAUUCGUCAAUGACCUGGUGCCAUUUACCCGCAGAUAUUACUGGAUUGGUAUCAAAAAGGUGGAGAAAGUCUGGACCUGGGUAGACGCCAAUAAGACGGUGCCUUUAGAGGCACAGAACUGGGCCACUGGGGAGCCGGAUAACAUAACAGGUCAGGACUGUGUGGAGAUCUACAUAAAGAGGGACAAUGAUACGGCCAAGUGGAACAAUGAGAUGUGCCAUCACAGGAAGGCAGCUCUCUGUUACAGGGACUCGUGCAUACCAGACUCCUGCAGUGUUCAUGCUGACUGUGUUGAGACUGUAGGGAACUACACCUGCCAGUGCCAUCCUGGGUUUAUUGGACCACGCUGUCAAGAGGCUAAACAAUGUCCAGUUCUGAAUGAGACCUUCCGUGGAGGCCGAAUGAACUGCAGCCACCCCUUUGCACCUCACAGCUACAACUCCACCUGUGAGGUCGGUUGUAAUGAAGGCUAUGAGCUUCACGGAUACGACCUCAUACGAUGUGACCACACCGGCCAGUGGACGGCUAGUCUACCCACAUGUGAAGUGAAACAGUGCUCCCCUAUUUUCUUUCCCAUUACCGGCAACAUGACAUGUGUGGAUGCUGUGAAGCCGUUCUCCUUUGGCUCUCAGUGUGACUUCACUUGCCAGGAAGGUUACCGCCUGGUUGGAAACGACACCCUCACCUGUCUGGCUUCUGGAAAUUGGAGCGAGCCUCUGCCGACAUGCACAAUGGUACAAUGCAACAGCCUUAAGAGCCCACCCCAUGCCUCCAUGCAAUGUCACGGCCUUCUAGGUGAACACAGCUAUGGCUCCAUGUGUGCCCUGCAGUGUGAAGAGGGGUUUGAACUGAUCGGCAACAACAUCACAAAAUGUUCUGCAAGCGGCCACUGGAGUCACCCACAUCCUGUCUGCCGCGCAAAGAAAUGUCCUGCUCUGAACUUUCUACCACAUGGGUCUUUGGUCUGCACUGACCCACAUGGAUCUUUCAGUUUUGAGACAAAAUGUGUGUCAACUUGUGACAAAGGCUUUUUCCUGAAUGGAACAGCUAACACUGAGUGCACCUCCUCGGGCAGUUGGAGCACAGAUGUCCCACAAUGCUUAGCAAAGAAAUGCCCUGCUCUGAAAUUUCCACCUCAUGGGUCUUUAGUCUGCACUGACCCACAUGGAUCUUUCAGUUUUGGUUCUGAGUGUGUGUCAGCCUGUGACAAAGGCUUCUUCCUGAAUGGAACGGCUAACACUGAGUGCACCUCUAUGGGCAUAUGGAACGCCGAUGUCCCAGAAUGUUUGGCCAAGAAAUGUCCUGCUCUGAAUUCUCCACCUCAUGGGUCUUUAGUCUGCGCUGACCCACAUGGAUCUUUCAGGUUUGGUUCUACUUGUGUCUCAACCUGUGACAAAGGCUUCUUCCUGAAUGGAACGGCUAACACUGAGUGCACCUCCUUGGGCAGUUGGAGCACAGAUGUCCCACAAUGCUUAGCUAAAAAAUGUCCUGCUCUGAAUUCCCCCCCACACGGUUUCAUAAACUGCACUGACCCACAUGGAUCUUUCAGUUUUGGUUCCACUUGUGUCUCAACCUGUGACAAAGGCUUCUUCCUGAAUGGAACGGCUAACACUGAAUGCACCUUUUUGGGAAGUUGGAGCACAGAUGUCCCACAAUGCUUAGCACAAAAAUGUCCUGCUCUGAAUUCCCCCCCGCACGGUUUCAUAAACUGCACUGACCCACAUGGAUCUUUCAGUUUUGGUUCCACUUGUGUCUCAACCUGUGACAAAGGCUUCUUCCUGAAUGGAACGGCUAACACUGAAUGCAUCUCCUCAGGCAGCUGGAGCACAGAUGUCCCACAAUGCAUAGCAAAAAAAUGUCCUGCUCUGAAUUCCCCACCUCACGGUUUCAUAAACUGCACUGAUCCACAUGGAGCUUUCAGUUUUGGAUCUAAGUGUGUGUCAAGCUGUGAGAGUGGUUUUCUUCUAAAUGCGUCAGCUGACACAGAGUGCACCGCUCAGGCCACCUGGAGCAGAGAAGCUGCCCACUGUCUGGCACGUCCAUGCCCCCUACUGGCCAAACCCCCACAUUAUGGAAACAUGAACUGCAGCCACCCAUACUCCCUCUCUAGCUUUGGCUCCCACUGUAACUUUGAAUGUGAAGAAGGUUUCUGGCUGAAAGGAAGGUCAUCGGUGUUAUGCAAUGCCACCGGUCACUGGAGUGAAAACCUACCCACAUGCCAGCCGGUACAGUGUAAGGCCAUCCCUGCCUUGUCGUUACCCCUUUCCAUGAACUGUUCCCAUCCCCUGGGGAAUUUCAGCUUUGGUUCCCAGUGUCUGUUUUCCUGUGAAGAGGGGUUCUCUUUGAACGGCACAGAUGUGUUAUUUUGCUCGUCCAGUGGCAUUUGGAAUAACAGCCUUCCAACCUGCAAAGCUGAGGGUCUUCCAGUGGGGACGGCUAUGCUGCUCUACACUGGUGUAGGUGCAGCCUCUGCUGUUGUGCCACUUGUCUUGAUAGGACUAGCCAUGUUGGUCAUGACACGAUGUAGGAAAAGAGGGAAUUCAAUCCUCACUGACGAGCACGCUUGGGAUGAAAACGUGAAUCCAGCAUUUGAGUCUUAAAUACAAUUGCCUUUUGCAGCCAGCAUUUAAGAGUCGUGCUUACAUUAUGUUAUGAGUGGAUUGUAUUGUUAGUGCAUUGUAUCAUUGUGCAGGAAAAGUAUACAGCUACUCUCAUAAUCAUUUUGAGUUCUGUUUCAGCCUCAGCUUUCUUUACCAUGUUAUUCACUUAAAUGAACACCUUCACUCAUUAUCAUUAAACAACCCAGACACAUGCAUUAUAUAAUAUGUGUUGGCUUAUGUUUCAUCUCUCUUACUUAACAAAUAAUUCCUAAUAUUUAGCCCUUCUCUACCUCUUAGAAAUGUUUUGUAAUCUUUAUCUCAUCUGUGAGUUUGUCAGCCUUCUGCAUUCACUGUUAAUUUUGCUUUUGUUUCCAUCUAACAUGUAUUGAUUCCUGUUGUUAAUACAAUAAGCCGUGCCUUUGUGUUUCUCAGUUUGUUCACUACUUAAAUAUGGAGAUGCUUAAAGUCCUUUUCAGACGGACUUAUAUUCAAAACAUUGUUUCACAGUUUCCUCUGAUUCUACAGGACAUCUAUUUCUUUUGGUAUUUGUUAAAUUUUCAUAUUUAAGUUUUAAUUUUGGUCAUUAAUCAGCCUCCUAUUGCCGUCAGGAGGUCAUGACAGUGUGAAUACAACGCAGAAAAUGACAUAGAAUCCACAUUUUUGCUCAGAUUUGGGCUUUUAACGGCCAUGGUCUUUAGCCUAUUUCAGUUUAGUGGUUGUUUUCAAUGAAUUGCUUGCUCAGUUUUUUUCUUGUCUUACUCCCAUUUCUUCUUUCAGCAUUUUGAAACUCUACGUAGAACCUUCUUAAGAUCCAGCAAUGCAAAAUGUAAAUUCAUGCCAUUUUUCAGCUGGACUAAAAUUUUUAUCAGGACUGUGUUUAUAUGUAUCAGGCAGCAAGAAAUGAAUAUCACAGCUGAAAUGUAACAUGUU